AUGGCUGAUAACAUGAAAUUCGACGAGUCCACUCAGAAAGAGCUUGCCAAAUUCGUGGAAACCGAGCAAGCACAAGCACGCUUGCACUCGACCAUCCAUAUGAUGACAGGCAUGUGUUGGGACAAAUGUGUGACCGGAACCCCAUCCACCCGUUUCUCCCGAAGUGAAGAGAGCUGUCUCGCGAACUGCGUUGACCGUUUCCUGGAUACAAGUCUAUUCAUGGUCAAGAAGAUUGAGGAACAGCGGUCGCAAUUAGCAUAA